GGAGAAGGGGUUAGCCUCUGCUAAGCAAAAAGGCUUGGAAAAUACGAAACCCAAAACUGAAAUUCCCAUACCAAACAACCCUUUAUAAGUUUCACACAAACUUCUCUCCCCCUAUCCAGCUUCAGUCACUAGUCACUAAAACCCCUCAAUCUCCAUUGACCCUUUCUCUCUCUAGAAACCCAAAUCUGCAACAAUCAAAUCCGAUCUUGAGCCAGUUUUGAAUUUUGCAAUACAACCAGAAAUGGGUGUAAUCAGAACCACUUUCACAUUCAUGAUGGGAACAGUGUGUGGAAUCUAUAUUACCCAGAAUUACAAUGUACCCAACAUCAGAAAACUCGCCAACACUGGCCUCUUCAUGGCCAAGCAAGUCGAGGAGAGCUAUCGCAAACCCAAGAAGAACAAAGACGACGAUCUCGAUCAAUAAAUGAUUGGUUUACCAUCUAUCUAUCUAUUGUUGUUGCUCUUGACAUCUCUAAAGAUCUCUCUCCCAUUGCAAAAGUCUCUAGAGCCCUAAAUGUUCAACUUGCAAAGUUGGACAAUCAAGGGAACAACACUUGGCAACACUCGGUGACAGCAACUGAAUAUGACAAUGGGAGUCAUGUGACAACGGAAUUUCAAGACAGAUCAUAUGCCAUCAUCCGUUUUACUGGGCAUUGAACAAGAUGUCCUUUAGUGUCCACCUACGCAGUCUUCCAUUUCUUUGUUUUUUAUUUAUCUUACUUUUUUCUUUUAUUAAAUCUCUAAAAGUGAUAUGAUCUCCUACAAGUACAAAUACCAUUUCCCAUUUGUGAAAGCAAAUGGAAUUCCGCCAACAAUCGCGUUGGGCCUAUCUAUGAGUGUGGUCUUUUCACCACACUUUGACCCUUCACUCUCUUUCGUGGUAUUAGUUUACGGGGUAUGUAUUACAUGCUAUAAAUUUGAUGAUACAUUUAAUAAAUAUUGACAACAGUAAUGCUCAAGUAUGGAGGUUGCAAGAGAAAGGAGCUAAAACACUGAAUGGCAAUAAGUUGCAAAGAGAAAAGGCAAAGGACAAGGUUGAGCUUCCCAUGUCAAAUAAGCUGCCCGUUGGUGAAAUCUUGAAGAAUAAUUGUGCCUCUAUUAGCACCAACAUGUUUGAAGUCCCCGAGUCUUCUACAUGAAAUAGUUAAUGCUUAGUGUGGAAGAUGUGGUUAGUCAUCCCCCGGUGAGAGGGGCUUCAGUGGAAAAGAUGAGAAUACCAUGACCAUGUUUUCAUUUCUUGGGUUGUGAAAGGCUUUUUGUUGUAUAAGGCCCAGCCUCCUCCGUAGUUGUGUAUUGCGCUUCAUUGUAUAUCUUCUUCUUUCAGAAAAACAUGAGAAUCAGCUAUUGUUGUUGCUCUUCAAGUGUAUAUCCAUGACCUUAACUUGCUUUUGAUUGUUGAGGUGAUGAAUUAUUGUAGUUCUUCUCUGUGAGAUCAAGCUAUUCCCAGUUGUUAAUUGAGCUACAGACUAAGUCGAUAGCAAAAGUUGUCUUGUGAGGUGCAGCUGCCAACUGAAGAAGAGAUGGCAAAGCACCAUAUCAUACCAUACCAUAAGCUUCAACAGGAAAGUCCUCUCUCUCUCUCUGUGUACUGACUGUUGUAUUACCUGGGUACAGACAACAGGUUCAUGUUUCAAUUGAAACUGCCACUCUUGGGGGAAUAGAAAGAACAGUUGCUUUUCUCCAUGAUGAAUAUUAGUUCAUUGACUUAAUCCAUUAGUGAUAUGAAUGAAAAAAUAAUAUUAUCAUUUAUUUUCAACCCAAAAAAAAAAAAGUAUAUUUAUUAUUGUUUAUUUCAUUAUUUACUCACCAUCGACAUUGUUAGAAAAGUUAUUUUCUAUUCUCUUGCUCUUCUGUUAAUAGUUACUUAAGUUGAGAGUACGAUGGUCAUAUUGCAAUGUUUGAGUUUGUAUAUAUACUUUGCUGCUAUAGAGUUGAGAAUACAAUUUUCAAGAUAUAUAAAGUUUCUUUCUCUUUUCUUUUCUCUUCUAGUUCCUCUUAUAUCCUAACCCUAAAUUUCUUCAUUUUACAUUCUGACUUGGUAUCAGAGCAAUCUAUUCUUCAUUAGAAAGUGCUCUACAGACUCUGGAGAUUGAUCUGAGGUGACCGAGAAGUGCUGAUGUCAUCAGCCGUAUGAUGACGUCAGCUAACGUAAGCACUGUACGGACAAGACCUACAUCCCUAUAGACUCGAAAUUUUCUCUUGAGAUUUAUGAUGAUUUUUGUGAAAAUUUUCGAUUAUUCCUGAUGUGAAAUUUUUUAUUUUCAAAUGUUUUUGUGCUUUUUGAUGCCUCUCUUUGAAUAUGGAUUGGGCCCUGUUUUCGCUGGUUCUUCUUGCUGAAAUAGGACAUGUAGGAGCCGAAAAUCCUCUCUGUAGUGAUAUUUGCUAUUAAUUUGUUGUUUUGCUGCUGUUGGGUUGGUAUUUUGUUUGAUUUUUGCCUCAAUAUGGUUUGGCAGACUAUUUUUUUCAUUUCUACCUAUUGGAAUUUACUAUAUAUGGGCCGAAAUCCUUCUAGUAAGGGACAUUUGCUCUUCAGUUGUUGAUUUGUGUUGGUGGGUUGUUGUGUUGGUUUAAUUUGGAUCCGAAUCUAUUUGGCUGACCUGUGUUCUCCUUACUCAUGCAUAUUUUGUCAUGAAUUCUUAUUUUUGAGCUAGUUAUGUUGUCUAUAUUGGUUGUUGUGGGUGCUAGUUGUUGUGGGUAUUGACUAUUUGUAAGUAUUUUGCCAUGGCUGAGUGAAGCUAAGGCUAUGGCUGUGAAUAAGGAUGAUGACAUGCCUAAAUCUAUCACUACCAAGAAAUUGAAUGGUGCUAAUUAUUUGGCUUGGGUCUAUGCUAUCAAAAUUUUCUUACGUGGCAAGAAGUCCCGCUUCCUUAGCGAACUCCCUCUUGCCACUAAUAAUAAAAUUUAUGAUAAUUGGUGUAGUGAGAAUUCAUGUGUUAUGGGUUGGAUUUGGUAUAGUUUGGAACCACAUGUUAUUACUACUGUGGAAUUUUGUGAUACCUUAUAGGGUUAGUUAGAAUCAUUCUUGUUUUUCUCUUUCUUGCUUUGUUGCUAUUUCCAUUUUAUUUUCUUGUUAGAAUUAUUUAUGCUUCCUUUCUAAGAAUAAUCAUUAAUCUAAAUUUUCUUGAAACAAGCUGUGAUGUUAUUGUAGAACCAACCAAGAGGUCAAAACUAUACUCAAUAUACCAUAUGGUGAAGCAAGAGCAUUCUUAAUGGAUUUUUAUGUAGUUUUAUUUUUUGUUUUGUCCAAACAAUUGAAUGAACUCUGAGAGUGGAAAGUUCUCUUGACAAUCAGGCAAUUUUAUUUCUAAUGAUGGAAUUGCAAUCGAGUUGGGUAGCACAAGUUUUAUCUGGUAAUGCCCAUUUGCCAUCCAAAGAGGAGAUGUUGGCCGUUGCUCAACAACAUUACCAGUGUAUGGAGGAAUGCGGGAUCCCCAAGCACCAUACCCAUCGUCUUCAUCCGAAUGAGCUUUUGCCUUCAUCAGAGCUUACCGUUGUUCACUCUGGCUCCAAGUGAAACAGGAACUUCAAUAACUCGGCUGCUCGGUAAUGUGAAACAAAAUGACUACUCCAAUGAUUAACAUACACUUAAUGAUACAUGCUGGUUUUGCCGACUCUAGAGUA